AUGGCUUGUAGAUGCUCUGCCAAAGAAGCCGGCAUCUCCACGUUGGUUAUGUUGGAUGACCAGGGAGAACAACUGGAUCGUAUCAACGAGGGAAUGGAUCAGAUUAAUGAGGAUAUGAAGGACGCAGAAAAGAAUCUAGAUGAUCUGAACAAAUGCUGUGGUCUCUGUGUACUUCCGUGGAAUAAGAGGAAGGGCAAAGGCGACUACACGAAGCAGUUGAAGGAUGAAGAUGGCUUCGGUGGGGGUGACGGACCAAGAAUCAUUGUCGAUCAAAACGGAAUGGGUCCGACCGGUGGCUAUAUCACAAGGAUAACAAAAGACGCCCGAGAGGAUGAAAUGGACCAGAACAUGCAGGAGGUGGCAGGUAUGAUUGGAAAUCUUCGCAACAUGGCCAUCGACAUGGGCAGUGAAAUCACGCAACAGAACACACAGGUCGAGCGUAUUCACCUAAAGGUGCGUAGACCCUCCACAAUACCCCCUACCCCUCCCUCUCCCCUGCUCUAUUCACUAAUAAGAUCAUUUUUUUCACAAUUUUAA